UCCCUUAAGAAACCUUUACUUCCUCACAUUGUUUAUUCUACAAUCCACUAUAUAAAUCACACCUUGCUCUUUUUCUGUUUCAUCAAACUUUCAUUCAAUUAACUAAUUCCAAAUUCCAAAUUUCAAACAAAGAGAGAAACAUGGCCAUUAAGAAGCUAUUGUUGAUUGUUCUAUCUAUAGCUUUGAUUCUCGAAAUAUCCGAUAGCUUUGAUUUCCACGACAAAGAUUUGUCCUCGGACGAAAGCUUGUGGGACUUAUACGAGCGAUGGAGGAGUCACCACACGGUUUCUCGAAACCUCGGUGACAAACACAAGCGAUUUAACGUGUUCAAAACAAAUGUGAUGCAUGUGCACAACACUAACAAAUUGGAUAAGCCUUACAAGUUGAAACUUAACAAGUUUGCUGACAUGACCAGCCAUGAAUUUAGGACUACCUAUGCUGGAUCAAAGGUUAAUCACCAUAGAAUGUUCCGUGGCACGCCGCGUGGAAAUGGAACCUUCAUGUAUGCGAAUUUCAACAAGGCUCCUAGUUCUGUUGAUUGGAGGAAGAAAGGCGCCGUCACUGAUGUCAAGGAUCAAGGCCAAUGUGGUAGUUGUUGGGCUUUUUCAACAGUUGUAGCUGUUGAAGGAAUUAACCAAAUCAAGACAAAGAAGCUAGUGCCUUUAUCUGAGCAAGAGCUUAUAGAUUGUGACACUGAACAAAACCAAGGAUGCAAUGGUGGACUAAUGGAGUAUGCUUUUGAAUACAUCAAGCAAAAAGGUGGUUUGACAACAGAAAGCUAUUACCCUUACACAGCAAAUGAUGGAUCAUGUGAUGCAUCAAAGGAGAAUGUCCCGGCUGUGUCAAUUGAUGGCCAUGAGACUGUUCCGGCUAACGACGAAGAUGCAUUGCUCAAAGCUGUUGCCAACCAACCUGUUUCCGUAGCCAUAGAUGCCGGAGGAUCUGAUUUCCAGUUCUACUCUGAGGGAGUAUUUACCGGUGAUUGUGGAAAAGAGCUAGAUCAUGGUGUUGCAAUAGUGGGAUAUGGGGUAACUGUUGAUGGGACUAAUUACUGGAUUGUGAGAAACUCAUGGGGGCCUGAUUGGGGGGAACAAGGUUAUAUCAGAAUGCAGAGAAACGUAUCUGACAAGGAGGGACUUUGUGGCAUAGCUAUGGAGGCUUCUUAUCCAAUCAAAAAGUCAUCCAAGAAUCCAAGAGGGCCUUCAUCAUCUAUAAAGGAUGAACUUUGAAUGCUAGUUUCAAAUAAAAUUAAGCUUUCAUCAAUGGUGGAUGUUGUUUAUUAGUGUGUUGCAAAUAGUAUUAUUACCUUAUGUUACUAUAAUAUUUUAAUCUUGGAUUUAGUGCUAAUGUAUUAUUUGGAUAUUUAUGCUUAUAUAGCACAAAGAAAUAAAGGUUUCAAUUUGAUAUAA